AUGCCAGAGAUCGCAGGCCCUGCUGCUGCUGCACUAUCGUCGCUAUGCCCUGACGACGUGAUUUUCCUUCGGUCGCUCCCUAAGGCAGAACUUCAUGCUCAUCUUAACGGGUCUAUCCCUAUCAAAACAAUUCUAGAACUUGCGCAGGAACACUCGCAUUAUAGUGCACUAACACCUGAGGUCGCAGAAACUAUCGAAAGACUCAGGUCUGGAGUCAUCUUGAACGAAAUAUUUGACUUUUUCCCGCUGUUCCCCGCCAUCUACGCUCUGACAUCCACUCCGGAAGCAGUUGCGAUUUCUACUCGUGCAGUCCUACAGUCGUUCCUGAACCCCGCAAGUGAUGGCGCGGAAAAUCCUCAGUGCGCGUACCUCGAACUGCGGACUACACCUCGCGCGACAAAGUACAUGAUGCGAGAGAGGUACCUCACAGUCGUUCUUGAUGAAAUAGAGAUGUAUCCUGCCACUCAGGCCGCCCUGAUAGUGUCCGUCGAUCGUCGCAUGAGUGACUUGGACGUUGAAGAAUGUGUUAGACUUGCAAUCGAGAUGAAGAACAAUGGCAGAAGAGUCGUGGGCAUCGAUGUAUGUGGGAAUCCAAGAAAAGGCGACAUGCAGCCUUUUACUCGACACCUCUCAAGAGCCAAGGGUGCUGGUCUUGGGUUGACUGUGCACAUCGCAGAGUCCACAGAGAACACAACUGAGGAUUCCCUGGCACUCCUUAGCUGUCGUCCGGAUCGACUCGGACACGCGACAUUCCUUUCAGAUGAACUCAAGGCUUUAUUCUUUGCCGAUAUCCCGCAGCCAGGGACGGAAUGCAGUUUGUUGUCUGAAUGUCCAUGCAUCGAGAUAUGCCUGAGCUCCAAUCUUCUAUGCAAAACCGUAGCUUCCCUCGACGCGCAUCAUAUUCGCUAUUAUCUGAAGAAUGACCAUCCUAUCGUCAUUUGUACCGAUGACACGCUACCUUUUCGAACGUCCUGUCUUGGAGAGUACGCUAUGCUUCUUGCGCAGCCUCCACUAGGCCUUGGCUUGAGCAGAGAUGAUGUAGCUAGAGUUGCGCGGAUGGGCAUGGAUGCUGCAUUUUUGAGACCUCAUCAUGAUUAGACUAGAUUUCAGUUCCGGGUACGACGUUGAAUUUGGGUGGACCCUGACUAUAGAAUCCUGAUCGUGCCACAAAGUAGGACGGUACAUUGCUCUCCCUCGGUGUGCUCGUCAGAAUAAUAAGUAAAAACAGUGACAAAAUAUGUGCUCCACGACCAUUCCGCUCGUGAAUUUUAGUGGCUGAAGUUUCUGAAUCGAUGCCCUAGCAAUGAAGAAAUGUCGGAAAAAGUAAUACAGCUGCACAGCAGAUAGUUGACCAUGAAAUGAAAUACGACACUAGAUUCCUCGUCCGCCCGUUACCUCCAGCGUAUGG